AUGUUAGAGCAAGGGAAAACAGUUGAUCCUGACUUUAUCAGGUCGUGGAGCUUAGAUUAUAAGGAUUUCCUCCUUCUCGAGUUUAUGCAACUUGGUGAUCUUGCCCACGCUAUUUCUAAAAUACACCGAAUGUCCGAGAAUAUUCCUAACCGUGUCCUUUGGUCAUUCUGGAAUUGUUUGGUUAAAGCCUGUAUCGCUAUGGAUUAUCCUCCACGGAAAUUCCACCCUAGGCGCCGUGGAAGACCCCAGGAUCAUGCAGACGACGACGAGAUUGAUGAUCUAGUAAGGAGACAAGAACAUGGAGAAGAUGUUGUCGUUGGGAAAACCCUGGGAAAUGAUCUUUUCGAAGAAAUCCCUGUUGAGGGACGCAGAUGGGCUCGCAAGAACCUGAUUCAUUUCGAUAUUGAUCCUAGCAAUAUAUUCAUCGCCCCUCCUGACUUCGGUGCCAGAGAUGGUGAGCAUGAUUUAAUCCCUAGAUUGAAGCUUGCAGAUUUUGGAUGUGCCCGCGUUAUGAAGCAAAACAAGAAGAACGUAUAUUACCUCGAUAGGCGUCGAAUGGCUAAACAAGGAUACUUUGCCCCUGAACAGUUCGGUGUAGAAUGGGAACAUAUCGCGCCUACAGAUCCUGACGGCUGUGAGCUUUCCGAACAACCGAUUGCUGGUAACUACUCGUAUGCCACGAACGUAUGGGGAAUUGCAUGGAGUAUGUGGCAGCUCAUCACGGGGUGCAGGGUGCCAGAUGCACCUCAAAGGCAAGAUGGUGAGCCGCUCCACUAUUGCCCGGUAAUACUCGACGACGAAGAACAGUUCGGAUAUGUUGAUAGGGAACUUCGAGAAACGAUUGCAGCAUGCAUGAGACAUGAUCCCCGUGAUCGUCCGACCCUGCUAGACUUGUCACGCCAGGCAGGGAGAGGCGCGAAAAAGACGUUUUCAGGCGAGCAUGACGACGCAAUCGAGUCCUGGGUAUUGAGAAUAUUUUUUCAGCCUGAAACAUCAGGUGAUGGCGAAAAGGAAGAUACUGAAUAUUCCGAAGCAGGUGAUCCGAUGGACGUCCAGUGA